AUGCGGCCAAAAUCAAAGCCGAAGAAUACAAUAUUUGACGCAAGACGAUUAAUUGGUCAACGAUUCAGUGAUAGAGACGUGCAAAAUGAUAUAAAACAUUUCCUAUUCAAAAUUAUCAACAAAGAUGACAAGCCAGUGAUCCAAGUAAAAGUGAAAGGCAAAGAGAAAAUAUUCACUCCCGAGGAAAUAUCAGCAAUGUGUCUGCUUGCUUUAAUGAUGCAAGUUACUAAAGAGGCAAAUAUGAAACAGCUACAAUACUUAAUCUUUUGA